AUGAGAUAAAAAGUAGUCUUUGAAUAGCCUUGUCCGAAACUAGUGAAUGAGUAAUAAUAUGCUAUACGAGUAGUAUUCCUAUGUUCGAAAGCGAUAGCAAAAAUUAUUGGAGGAAAAUAAGGAAUGUGUGUCUUUCAGUUCGAUUAUUUUAAAUGCCCCUCAUCAAGUCCAUUUCAUCACCUGUAAAUAAUUAAAACAACAUAAAAGGAUGAAGUGACUUUCAAUGCCAAUUAAACCAAAUUCCGAUCCUGCUCCUAUAUAGAUUAUAUCAACAAGGAGUAGCACAUUGCAAAACAACGAGCCCAUGAUGAUUUAAGCGAUGCUUUGAAGGCAAUCAAGAGAGAGAGAGAACUCUUCUAUUAUGUCGAGAAAGGCAGUUCAAUUGAUCUAAUUGAAAAAAUCAUAAUGAAUGAUCCAAAAAGGUAUUAUAUAAUUAUAUAAUAAUAUUAAAGAUACCUCUAUGAACCAACUAGUCCUCUGAGACUUGUGAACAAAAAGAAUUCGUGUGGAUUCACUCCGUUAUACAUAGCAGCAAAGAACGGAUUCGAAUAUGUUUGUAAAAUAUUAAUUUAAUAUGGUGCCGAUUAAAAUAUUUCAGUAUAAGUAAUUGACAAUUCGAAUUAUAUUUAGGUUAAUUAAAUUGAUGAUUAUCCAUUGGUUGCCGCAUUGCGAUGGAGACAUUUUGAAGUAAUUGAACUUCUAUUGGCCAAUAAUCCCAAUGAGAAAGUUAGAAUUUUGUGUUAAUAAUCAAUUGACAAGAGUCUCAGACAGAAAUAUUCCAAAUAUUUUUGA